UUAAAAUUCAGCUCAAAUAAAUUCACUCCAAAUACAAAUGCACCCCAAAUUCUCGCACUACCUCCUCUCCCACACCUCCACUCCAUACCUUUUUCUCUAUCCUUUUCCACCUUCCUCCACUCUCUCUCUCUCUAAAAACCAAAACCAACACCAAAUUUCUUUCUCUCUCUAAAUCCCGGGUCCUUUCACUGAAUUAAAAUUGUUUAGCUUUGUAUGGAAUGACGGACUAUAGAGUAGCACCGACAAUGAAUCUAUGGAGUGAUGACAACGCAUCAGUCAUGGAAGCCUUUAUGAACACCGAUCUCUCGGCUCUCUGGCAACCCCAACAAUCGUCUGCUGCUUCCACUUCUACCCCUCCGCUUCCCAACAGCACUGACCCUAAUAGAGCUGCUAUUAUCAACCAAUCUCAGCAGCCUCUCUUCAACCAAGAAACCCUUCAACAGCGCCUCCAGGCCUUGAUCGAAGGCGCCAGGGAAAGCUGGACCUACGCUAUCUUCUGGCAAUCGAGUUAUGACUAUUCAGGUGCUUCUGUUUUGGGCUGGGGUGAUGGAUAUUACAAAGGUGAAGAAGAUAAAGGGAAAGGCAAAUCUAAGAGUACCAGCUCUUCAAUUGCUGAACAAGAGCACCGUAAAAAGGUGUUACGUGAGCUUAAUUCGUUGAUUUCAGGUCCUACUGCUAUCACCGACGAUGCCGUUGAUGAAGAAGUUACCGAUACGGAAUGGUUCUUUCUUGUUUCCAUGACUCAGUCUUUUGUUAAUGGUGGUGGGUUACCUGGUCAAGCUUUUUUCAACGGGAGUCCGGUCUGGGUUGCUGGGUUAGAACGGUUAGCUUCGUCGUCUUGUGAACGGGCCAGACAGGGUCAGAUUUUUGGGUUGCAGACUUUGGUUUGUAUUCCGUCAGCCAAUGGAGUUGUGGAGCUGGGUUCAACUGAGUUGAUUUAUCAGAGUAUAGAUCUGAUGAAUAAGGUUAGGGUUUUGUUUAAUUUUAAUAGUCUUGAGGCAGGCUCGUGGCCGAUGGGUGCGAAUCCUGACCAAGGUGAGAAUGAUCCAUCCUCACUUUGGAUUAGUGAUCCAUCUCAGAGUGGGAUUGAGAUCAAGGAUGGGAAUAGUACAGUUCCAUCUUCAGGUGUUGGUGGUGUUAAUAAUAAUAGUCAGCACGGCUCGAAAGGAAUUCAAUCGGUGAAUCCUAAUUCGAGUUGCGUGACUGAUAAUCCUAGUGGAACUCAUAUGCAGAAUCAACAACAAAGCUUUUUUACUCGUGAAUUGAACUUUGGGGAAUAUAAUGGAUUUGAUGGAAGGAACGGGAAUACGAAUGUUUUGAAGCCGGAAUCGGGGGAGAUAUUGAAUUUUGGGGAGAGUAAGAGGAGUUCUUAUAGUGCAAAUGGAAAUUUGUUUCCCGGUCAUUCUCAGUUUGCUACAGAGGAGAAGAAUACGAAGAAAAGAUCUCCUACUUCGAGGGGUAGCAAUGAAGAAGGGAUGCUCUCGUUUACUUCGGGCGUUGUUUUGCCUUCUUCUGGCGGGGUGAAAUCAAGUGGUGGCACAGGGGAUUCAGAUCACUCUGAUCUUGAAGCCUCUGUUGUUAGAGAGACAGAGAGCAGUAGAGUUGUAGAGCCUGAAAAGAGGCCAAGGAAACGCGGGAGAAAACCGGCUAAUGGAAGAGAGGAGCCUCUGAAUCAUGUUGAAGCAGAGAGGCAGAGAAGAGAGAAACUCAACCAGAGAUUCUAUGCUCUGCGAGCUGUGGUUCCCAAUGUUUCAAAGAUGGAUAAAGCUUCGCUUCUUGGUGAUGCCAUAUCAUAUAUCAAGGAGCUUAGAACAAAGCUGCAAACUGCAGAAUCUGAUAAGGAGGAGUUGGAGAAAGAAGUGGAAUCAAUGAAAAAGGAGUUUCUAAGCAAAGAUUCGCGGCCAGGGUCACCUCCACCUGAUAAAGAACUGAAGAUGUCAAAUAAUCACGGAAGCAAAGCAAUAGACAUGGAUAUUGAUGUAAAGAUAAUCGGAUGGGACGCAAUGAUACGAAUUCAAUGUAGCAAAAAGAAUCACCCAGCAGCUAGGUUAAUGGCAGCCUUGAAAGACUUGGACCUGGAUGUUCAUCAUGCCAGUGUGUCGGUGGUGAAUGAUUUGAUGAUACAGCAAGCCACAGUGAAAAUGGGAAGCCGGAUUUACACACAGGAGCAGCUCAGGUUAGCCUUAUCAACCAAAGUUGGUGAGACCUGAUAGGGUGUUGAACUGAGCACAAUUGGGGUUGAGCUUGAAGAAAGACUAUAGGACCUGGAUUUCAACUUUAACGGUGGAUAUGGGUUCUGGGACAUUUUAAGGCUCCCGGCAGCAAGCUCUGUAACAUAGUAUUAUUCCUUCUUAUGUCCCUGGUAGUUAUUGUAGUGUAAUUUCAGUUUGGGAGCUGAACUGAUGAGCUGAGCUAUGUAGGUCUGGGAGGCUCCGAUCAGAUAAACUGGAGAUAGCUAUUUUUGUGUUGAUUUUUAUGUCUGUCCUUGAUGUAUAUAAAUUAUAAAUUUGAACCUGUGCAAUUAUGCAAUGUGUAUCAGCGACGUAGAGGCCAUUAGUUUUUCUAGGACGGAAAUGUUUCAUUCUGCUGUCUGAUGUUUCUGGUAAAGUUUAACCAGAGAGAAUAAUUUCAGCUGUUAUGUGCAUCCAAUUCUUGCUUCUAUUUCAUCUCUGCUGUCUGUGUUAAUAUAGAAAUUCUGGUUGAGAGUCUA